CAAUGUCAGACUGUGUCGAUGAAGAACUGCAAGAAGAACAAUCUCAAAUAUUAAAACAUAUUCGUGGAAGACUAGACUGGCUUGUGAGUAUGUUUUUCCAAAAAAUAAAGUCUCUCUAUAACAACAGACAUUCCAACAAUGUUGUUCGUAGAACAAAACUGAGAAGAACAAUGUCUGAUGAUCUGCAUGAAGAACUUGUGGCUGAGAUCUUGAAGAGGCUUCCUGUCAAAUCUCUACUGCAAUGCAGGAGUGUCUGCAAAUCAUGGUAUGCUCUAAUCACAAACCCGAGUUUCGUUUCUCUUCACUUAGCUCACACCACUGAAGCUAACAAACCCUACUCACUUGUCAUUAAAGACUGUAUUCCUGUUUCUAUAAAUCCUAAAAAACCACAGUUCGUGUUGCACAAUGAUGAUGUCUCGUUUAGUGAGUAUAAACAGCUCGAUUCUUCCUACGUCGGGUUCUUUACGUAUGUCAACUUUGUUGGUUCGUCUAAUGGGCUGAUCUGUUUUUUAGCUCCAAAAAAGGGACUGAUUGUAUGGAAUCCGGCAAUUGGAGCGUUCAUUACAACUUCUUUAUGUGAAAUUUGCAAAGAGACUUAUUCCGUUUUUGGUUUUGGGUUUGAUAGAAAGAACAAUGACUACAAAGUGGUGAGAAUUGUUUAUGCUUUGUUAGAUGCAUCUUUUCCAUCAUUUGCUGAGAUUUUUCAACUUAGCUCGAAUUCUUGGAAGAGUACUGUUACCCUUAAGAAUCUAGAUUAUGAUGUUAAUAGUAUCGGAUCUUGUGUUGAGUUGAAUGGCGUUUUUCAUUGGUUUGCAAGAAUGCGCAAUGGCACGAAAAAAACGAUUGCAUCAUUGAAUUUGAGCAACGAAGCAAUUCAAGAGUUGAUGCUCCCUCAUGCCUUAGCUGAAUCAAGUAACAGAGGUUGUUGUUUAACUGUGUACAACGAGUCAUUAGCUGCAAUAGACUAUCGUGGAUUCAGUACGGAGCAAUUUGCCUAUUUAAGAUGUUCAAUUUGGGUGAUGAAAGAGUAUGGUGCAGCAGAAUCUUGGACUAAACAAUUUACCAUAGAUUUACAAAAUCAUGGAGGUAUUGGGUCGGUGCUAAGUUUUCAAGAGAAUGGCCGAAUUCUUAUUAAAGUGUCUCGCAAUCAGAUAGCUUCUUAUGACCCUCGGACACAAAGGGUCACCCCUAUUGGAGUCUGUGAAGAUUUCUUCGAAGUGCAUUCUUACAUGGAGAGCCUUGUUUUACUCGGGGGAAAGAGGAACAACAGCAUGGUUAAAACAAGCAUAGAAGAGUAAGAUUGAAUUCUAAGCAAACCAUCAGGUUGCACUCUAUAUUUUGUUGUUGCUGUCAUUGAUCAUGAAACUGAAAACAUGCAUGAACGGCUAACUUAACCGUCUUUUUGACGAAUUCUAUGAUAUUUAUGUAACUCAAAUUUUAGGGUUA